GGCAGAUGGCAGAUGGCAGAUGGCAGAUGGCAGAUGGCAGAUGGCAGAUGGCAGAUGGCAGAUGGCAGAUGGCAGAUGGCAGAUGGCAGAUGGCAGAUGGCAGAUGGCAGAUGGCAGAUGGCAGAUGGCAGAUGGCAAUCGGUGGCGCAAGUGACAAGACAGCAAGGCAAGACGGCAAGACAAGACAGCAAGGCAAGACAGAGGUUGGAUGCAACGGGAGGCGUCCGAGAGCAGACGCAGUGCGGGAGACGACCCAGUGACCGGGAAACAAGACACUUGCAGCAGCGGGGGUUGACAGGAACGGCAGUCAAACCAAGGCCAAAGCAGUGA